AUGUGCAAGAAGUUUGAUGAAAUUAUGACGAAUAAAUUCCAGAUGUCAAUGAUAGGAGAAAUGAAUUUCUUUGUGGAAUUACAAGUGAAGCAGACCAAGGAAGGAAUACUGAUCAAUCAGUCAAAAUAUGCCAAGAAACUAAUCAACAAGUUUGGCAUUCAACACAUGAAGUCAGUAAAGAUUCCAAUGAACACCAACUGGAAAGUGAAUCCAGGAACUGAAGGAAAUUUUGUAUCAUCAACUAAGUACAGAGAAAUCAUUGGAUCACUACUUUACUUAACUGCAAGCAGACCAGACAUAGCUUAUGCAGUCGGAGUUUGUGCGAGAUAUCAGUCAGAUCCUAAAGAAGCUCAUAUGGACGCUGCAAAGCGCAUUCUAAGAUAUCUCAAAGGCACACCCAAUAUAGGUCUUUGGUAUCCAGCUGACGACAACUUCAAGCUCUCAGAAUACUCAGACUCAGAUUUUUAG